UGACGCUGUUGCUGCAAAUGUCUAUAGAAUAUCGAGUUACAAUACGCCCCAUCUUUAAGCCCAGUCUAUGCGCCGUUAGCCGGAGUACAACAGGACACGUCCUGUGUAAGCCGCCAGCCAAGGGUCAACGCCUGUGCCAUGACUACGUGAAGUGUAGCACUCAUCGGUUGAUAGGCAGCUAUCACAUCUACCAGGAAUAAAAUAAAUGAUUGAGACAAUGGAUACCCAGCGUGCCUUGCAGGCAGUGGAGCGUCUCCAGGCCAAGCUGAAGGACCGGGGGGAGGUCCCCACCGAGGAGAAGCUCAGCCUGCUCAAGUCAGUUCUCCAGAGCCCCCUGUUCCACCAGAUUCUUGCCCUGCAGAAGUCUGUCCAGCUCCUCAAAGACCAGGGUGGUGUCACAUCAACACUUAGCGAUGACCUGAGUGAAUGCUACACAUCAGCCCAGGCCAAUGGUGGCCAUCUUGCCUACCCAGAAGCCUCCACUAGUACACAGGUCAAUGGGAAGCAAUCGCCUGAGGAUUUUGAGCACAUCAUUCGCUCCAUGGCUCAGGGGCGCUACGUGACGCGCAUGGAGCUGGUGAAGCCACUGUCUGGGGGUCUGGGCUUCAGCGUGGUUGGCCUGAGGAGCGAGAACCGCGGGGAGCUGGGCAUCUUCGUCCAGGAGAUCCAGCCCGGGAGCGUGGCCCACUGCGAUGGGAAGCUGAAGGAGUCAGACCAGAUCUUGGCCAUCAACGGUCAACCCCUGGACCAGACAGUGACCCACCAGCAGGCCAUAGGCAUCCUGCAGAGAGCAUCUGAGUGCGUGCAGCUCACUAUAGCCAGAGGACCCAUUCCUCAGCUGGCCAGCCCCGUGGUGUCCCGUACCCCCUCCGCUGCCAGCACCCUGUCUGCCCACUCCAGUGCGGCCCACUGGAAUCAUGUGGAGACCAUGGAGCUGGUCAACGACGGGACGGGCCUGGGCUUUGGCAUUGUGGGAGGAAAGACCACCGGUGUCAUUGUCAAAACCAUCCUGCCUGGAGGCAUCGCUGAUCAGGAUGGGCAUCUGCGCAGUGGGGACCACAUCCUCAAGAUUGGGGACACUGACCUAUAUGGCAUGGGAAGUGAGCAGGUGGCUCAGGUCCUGAGGCAGUGUGGUAACCGAGUGAAGUUGGUCAUCACCAGAGGCCCUCCAGAGGAAACCGCCAUCGUCCCAAUGGUGUUGCCCACGGUCACAGAGCAACAGGGAUACGAGGAAGAGGAGGCCGAAGCGUUCGACGUUGGGCUGACCAAGAACGCCCAGGGUCUGGGAAUCACCAUCGCCGGCUAUGUGGGGGACAAAAAUUCUGAGCCCUCUGGUAUUUUCGUGAAAAGUAUAACUAAGGACAGUGCGGUAGAGCAAGACGGCCGGAUCCAUGUUGGGGACCAGAUCAUAGCUGUGGACGGUAAUAACAUCCAGGGCUACACCAACCAGCAGGCCGUGGAGGUGCUGAGACACACGAGCCAGACAGUUCACCUGAAGCUGAUCAGGCGAGGCUUCCGUCCAGAGGAUAUCCCACCCGCUGUGGUGCCCAGUGUGCUCGUAGUCUCACCAACCCCAGGGGGCAGAGACACGACACUGGAGAGGACGGAUGUUGUGGACGCCACCACUCAAGGUAAGAAACAGUGCCAGGCAUUGAGUGAGGAAUCUGAUGUCACCAACGUGAAGGAUCAGUUAACUGAGAAGACCAGAGACGAAGCAAAGCUAACAGAGGAUGAGGAGUUAGAGCUGAAGAAGAAGUGGCAGGAGACUCUCGGCCCCAGCAAGGAAGUAGUGGUUGCCCAAGUGGAGAAGUUCAGUGAGAGCAGUGGUCUGGGAAUCAGUCUGGAUGCCAACAGCGGGCACCACUACAUCCGCUCCGUCCUGCUGGAGGGGCCAGUGGGACGCUGUGGGAAACUCUUCAGUGGGGACGAACUGCUCGAAGUUAAUGGAAUAUCCCUGAUUGGUGAGACCCACAAGGAAGUGGUGAGCAUUCUGAAGGAGCUGCCUGUCUGUGUCUACAUGGCCUGCUGUAGGCCCGCCCCUCUCCUGAAGAGUGACAGGGAUUCUGGCCAACUGGGGUUGGAUGAAUUUGCUACUGAACCUAUAAUGAAGAUACAGGGAGACCUCGGCAGUUUCCUGGUUUUCGAAGGUUCCGAGGGGGUGGCGACGAGGGAAAAUGUAACGGAUGAGACACUCGGAGCUCCUUUGGCCAUGUGGGAGACAGAGAUACAGGACAUUGAGCUGGAGAAGGGUGAGAGCGGACUGGGAUUCAGCAUCUUGGACUACCAGGACCCAAUGGAUCCUGCCAAGACUGUGAUUGUGAUUCGCUCUCUGGUGUCUGAAGGAGUGGCAGAACAGGAUGGCAGGCUAUUGCCAGGUGACCGGCUCAUGUUCGUCAACAGCACCAACCUGGACAACGCCAGUCUGGAGGACGCUGUCCAGGCAUUGAAGGGGGCUAACAUCGGCACGGUCCACAUUGGGGUGGCCAAACCACUACCUAUUGACUCCAAUGAGGUAGACCUGACCGACGAGAGGGUGUUGGCGCAUCGCUUCUCUGGCGAGGAGGAUGACACCUUCCAGGCAUCCAUGAUUGCCCUCCAUGGCAGCAACUGCAGCGCUGACCUGUCCUACCAGAUGAUCUUGCAGUCCUCCACACCCAAGCGGAGUGCUCGUCUGGACUUGUUGACCGAACAUCCCUUCGUGACGUUGUCCUGCCUCGCAGACGACACUGAACCCUUUUCCCCGGAGGAGAAGCCCAUCGCUUUCCCCCUGCCCAGGAGUAUUGGAAGUCACACCCUAAUGAUUGACAACAACACACUAGCUAUCUCCGAUCAGUACCUGGCGCAUCAAUUAACCCAAUUGGAGCCGUCAGAUCUGUCGAACUCGUGCAGUCCGUACACUGACCCCGAGCCCGGUUUGAAUGAUUUGGGGGAGCCAAUGCAGUCUCUUCGUUUUCCGGUGGAGCCCACCAUGGCCGUUGCAGACAUAGGGGAGAUGGAAUGCUUAAUGAAGGGGGAUGAGCCAUCUGUAAAGCAGUCCAAAGAGGAAGGGGACAAGAUUAGAACCACUGGGAGUAAUUUUGAAAGGACAAUCACUGUUGUCAAGGGCAACUCCAGUCUCGGAAUGACGGUGAGCGCCGUCAAGGAUGGCUUGGGGAUGCACAUCCGCAGCAUCAUCCACGGAGGCUCCAUCAGCCGAGACGGCCGUCUGGGGGUGGGGGACCUCAUCCUGGCCAUCAACGGCGAGCCCACGGCCAACCUGACCAAUACACAGGCCCGCGCCAUGCUCCGGAGACACUCCCUCAUCGGGCCAGACAUGGGAUCUGCUUGUGCACCAGAGGACGAUCUGUGCCCCUUUUAUGUCAUCACCUAUGUUCCCAUGGAGUAUCUGGAGGAGUACAAGGCCAGCCUGGAGCAGCCUAAAGAUGACAUCUUCUCUGAUGCUCCUCAGGCCCCAAAAAGAGAAAUCCCAGAACUCCCAGAGAGGGAGGAAGGAGAGGGAGAGGAGAGCGAGCUACAGAGUGCCACCUUCAGUAACUGGAACCAGCCCAGGAAGGUGGAGCUCAAAAAAGAAGCUGGCAAGUCCCUUGGCAUCAGCAUCGUGGGGGGCAGAGGAAUGGGCAGUCGCCUCAGCAACGGCGAGGUGAUGCGGGGCAUCUUCAUCAAACACAUCCUGGAGGACAGCCCCGCCGGCCGCGACGGAACCCUGAAGACAGGAGACAGGGUUGUUGAGGUGGAUGGCGUGGACUUGAGAGAUGCCAGUCACGAGCAGGCUGUGGAGGCCAUCCGCAGGGCAGGAAACCCUGUCGUGUUCCUCGUGCAGAGUAUCGUCCACAGGCCCAGGAAGGCGCCCCUACCCUUUCUUCUGCGGCUAAACACCCACCCCGGAUCCAACCCACGACCCACUAAUCAAACCUCUGCCGGCUUAUUAUUUCCUGCCUCUCCGCUUCAGUCCUCAACCACGGACACCAACGAGGAGAGAGCGGCGGCCAUGGCACGGCGCAAUAGUGACAAGGAGGUUGAGAGUCACAGUAGACUAUUCCUACGCCUCUCCCCAACUAACCCUUUCACUCCUACUCCGUUUAAGCCACUAAAGAGGGAAGCGGGAAAGACAUCGUCCACCACUCCUCACCUCUCGCUUCCCGUGGUUCCCCACGUCGGAGAGACCGACACCGAUACCCUGACAGAGAUUCCCGACAGACAGGCCCAGGCGGAAGACGAGGAUGAGUUUGGCUACAGCUGGAAGAGCAUCAUUCAGCGCUACGGCAGCCUUCCGGGGCUGCUGCACAUGAUUGAGCUGGAGAAGGGGAAGACCGGCCUGGGCCUUAGUCUGGCUGGCAACCGCGACCGCUCUCGCCUGAGCGUGUUUGUGGUCGGGAUCGACCCCUGUGGCGCCGCCGUCAAAGAUGGUCGCAUUGUGGUUGGGGAUGAACUGUUGGAGAUCAACGGGCAGAUUCUGUAUGGGCGGAGUCACCAGAAUGCCUCCUCCAUCAUCAAAAGCGCUCCGUCGAAGGUCAAGAUCAUUUUCAUCAGGAACACAGAUGCUCUGAACCAGAUGGCUGUAGGACCAGUGAGGGAACAUGGAGACACCCUGGAGCCCCAGACGGAGCUGGAAACAUGUACUUCCAUUGCACCCUCGGCGAUCGAUGUCGACAUGUUCAAGUAUGUGCAGCACGUCAUUCUGCCGAAGGAGGAGGGUGGAUUCGGCAUCACUUUCAGUGAGGAAGACCCCACGAACGGGGUGGUGAUUCAGAGUAUAACUGAAAAAGGACCAGCCGGAAAGGACGGCAGCAUCAAAUCUGGAGAUAAACUCCUGGCUGUGGAGGAUGAACCAGUGGUGGGCUACACUGUGGAGAGGGUCCACUCUCUACUGGGGAACGCCAAAGGCUCCGUGAAGUUGACAAUCUGCGCGAAUGAGUCAUUGCCCCUCCCCCCCUACUAUACCGAUCAGGCCACCAGCAUCCCUAGCAUCUACAUGGCUAACCUGGGCCAGCCUGAGUCAGAGCCAAUCAGGAGCUCAAGUCGCUCGUCCACCCCUGGCACUCUGGCCUCCUCUGACCCUGUGACCUGUCCCAUCAUCCCCGGCUGUGAGACCACCAUAGACAUCUCCAAAGGCCACACGGGCCUGGGCCUCAGCAUCGUGGGGGGCUGUGACACUCUAUUGGGGACCAUUAUCAUUCACGAGGUCUAUGAGGAGGGAGCUGCCUCCAAGGAUGGGAGACUUUGGGCUGGGGACCAGAUCCUGGAGGUGAAUGGCAUUGACCUGCGCGUGGCCACUCACGACGAAGCUAUCAACGUGCUACGGCAGACCCCUCAGCGGGUGCGUCUGAGCGUGUUCAGGGAUGAGGCCCAGUACAAGGAGGAGGACCUGUGGGAUGCCUUUACCGUGGAGCUGAACAAGAAGCCCGGCCAGGGCCUGGGCCUCAGCAUCGUGGGGAGAAGGAACGACACAGGGGUGUUUGUGUCGGACAUAGUGAAAGGGGGCGUGGUGGAGAGUGACGGGAGGCUGAUGCAGGGAGACCAGAUCCUGUCCGUCAACAAGGAGGAUGUCAGAAACGCCACCCAGGAGUCAGUGGCAGCACUGCUGAAGUGUGGUGUGGGACCCAUAGUGAUGGAGGUGGGCAGAUUUAAAGCCGGACCCUUCCACUCUGAGAGAAGGUUCUCACAGAGCAGUCAGAUAAGUGAAACGGGCAGCUGCAAGGUGACCCCUCACUCGCUGUCAGCCUCCUCUGGUAGCCUCCAGAUGGACUGUGACAGCGUACAACAUACAACACUGGACCACCAGGAGAUCAGAAUUGUUGAAUUCACAAAGGGUCUCACUGAUUCGUUGGGCAUCAGUAUUGCGGGUGGAGUGGGCAGUCCCCUGGGCGAUGUGCCCAUCUUCAUCGCCAUGAUGAACCCUACCGGCCUCGCUGCCCAGACACACAAACUCAAGAUCGGUGACAUGAUCGUCAGUAUCUGUGGGACCGCUACUGAGGGUAUGAGCCACAGCCAGGCCGUCACCCUGCUGAAGAAUGCCACCGGCACCAUCGAGCUGCAGGUGGUAGCAGGGCGUGAUACCACAGUGACCGGCCCGUCUCAGGAGCAGACAGCUGCCGGACUCUCAGUCUCCAGCCUUACUGCUACUAGCAUCUUCCACGACGACCUGGGACCUCCUCAAUAUAAGACCAUUACCCUGGCCAGGGGCCCAGAUGGCCUGGGCUUCAGCAUUGUUGGUGGCUUUGGAAGCCCACAUGGAGACCUGCCCAUUUAUGUGAAAACCGUGUUUGGGAAGGGGGCAGCGUCAGAGGACGGGCGUCUGAAGCGGGGGGAUCAGAUUAUGGCUGUUAACGGACAGAGUCUGGAGGGGGUCACCCACGAAGAGGCCGUGGGCAUCCUGAAGAGGACCAAGGGAACAAUUGCCCUCACUGUGCUCUCUUAGACACACACACACCUCACCCUACACGCAUAGACAAAGACUCAUACCUUGGUGUAGACACACACACACCCUAAUAUACGGUAUAUGUAUUGUAAUGUGAACACACCCAUUCCUAAACUCUAACAUGCUGACCAAACCGGACGAGCGCAAGUUGAUUUUGUUCACCCACACCAGAAGCGAUCAGGACACACAGGUUGAAAUAUCAAAACAAACUCUGAACCAAUUAUAUUCAUUUGUGGACAGGUCGAAUAGCAUUAAACAUUUAUGGCAAUUUAGCUAGCUAGCUUGGUGGGUGCAUUAAUUGAAUAACAGGUAUGUGUACAUUUAUUUUGCAACCUUCGCAAGAAGGUUACAAGAAGCUACUGCAGGUAGACUGAAAUAUUCACUGGACAAUGUGGCUCAGAUCUUUUAUACUCUAGUUUUCUAUGCUCAGACAUGGACUGUGUUAUUAUGAUAUUUAGGGUUAAGGGCCCUUUUUAAGCAAUAACUGAAAAAUAUUGGUAGAAUAAGACCAUUAUUUAAAGCUUAUGCUACUGUAAACUGCUGUCCAUCCUCUUCUAUAGUGAAGUCACUGUCGUAUUUAAGUCUAGACUCUAGACUGAAUAACAUUUGAAUAACGUUUUGUUUGUGACGCAAACCACCUUUUCAGGAGUGAAAUGAUCUUAAAGCUUUGGUUUCUUGGUCAGAAGUUCUACAGACCAAGUAUCUAAGGGUGUGUACAUGGUCACACACUCAGGGAAAGGAGAGGGUGCGUAUGAGACGUAGUGUAGUUUUACUAAUGCAGAUGUGAAGUAUUGUUUCACAGUAUUUUACCGUUCAAGUAUUACCUAUUUUUAUGGUCAUACUUUAUCAUAAUAUGAUAGUAGGUGAAGGAAACCAGUUUAUAUGGUCCAUCUCAGCUGUCUCCAACCUGGAGAGUUAUUGCAGCCUUUUACUCAAACCUAGCACUAGCACAGCUGUUUCACAUAAUCAACCGUUGACAGUUUUCAAUAUGGACAACAAUUAGCCGAAUCAAUUGUGUUGGGCUGGAACAAAAGCCUGUACACCCGGUCACUCUCCAGGAAGUUGGAGCUUCCUAAUUCAUUUCAAACCAUUAGCUAGAUACCCCAUGUUCUAGUUUCACAACAAUGAAUCCCCUUUUUAACAUGGCGUCAAUCACUCUUACAGAUGUAGGGUCUUAAUUUGAGCCAGUUUGCGACAGCAGGAAAAUAAUCCUGCAGCAACAGGAAAUGUGAAUUAUUAUGUGGGAUUAUAAUUAUGGACAUUUUUGUAGGGGAUUCCAAGUGGAAAUAACAAACUUCAGAAGCCUUUUUAAACCUGGUUCUCCAGCAACAGGGUGAUCAAAUUAAGAUCCUAUAUUACAAUAUAUGUGUACCUAGUUAAGUACAUCCAGCACAGUAUUGAGUUGUUCAGAGGCUGAAUUAAUAAAAGUUACCUUCAAGCCCCA